GAGCUAACAACGAACUCAUGUCGCCGUCGUCAUCAGCGGCAGUUGUGCCAAGCCACGCUCGAAAUCGUGGGUCAUCUAACGCAACACCCAUACCAGAUGCAUCAUCGACCAGACCAUCAAGAAUAUCAUCAAGACCUGGUUCACCAGCGGACACAUCUGCUCUCUCUUCUGCGCCGACACCGCAUUAUACUGUGUUCAUCAGACUUCCAUUCGCUCGAGGCGAUUUUCAAGAUCCCGCACCUACCAACUGGACUGCUGCCAAAGAUCGACAACUAUGGAAACUCAUAUCGAAGUCGCAGUCUGGAGACUUGAACUGGGCUGGGCUGAGCCAAGAAUUUGAUGUUGAGCUUAACUUUCUGUUGAUGCAAGCAGCAUGGCUGUCAGAACGGCAUAUGGAGAGGAUGCGACGCCAAGUCACUAAAAUUGGUGGCGCCGCAGCAGGUGAAGGCACUACUGGGAGCGGCACAGGAAGCUCCGUGGGUGGUGUGAAAAUGGAAAGGACCGCAAGUCGAGAGUCCAAACUACGAUCAGGGUCGACCUCCACAGCUGUCAGACGUGGAAGUCCUUCGUACCCUAUCGGAAAUGAGGAACCCGGCUCUCCCAUUACUGACGGGCCACGAGCUGGUCUGCCGCCCAUGUCGCGCACCCCAUCUUCAGCCACAGUGACGCAGAGUAAACUGGCCGGAUCGCGAAUGCAGCAGCCACGAUCGAGAGGUUUGCGAAGCUCGAGCGGAUCAACGAGAAAGCCACGCCCCGCGAGUUUUGCUGAGUCCAUCGCGACUGCGAGAGCUGAAUACUACGAAGACGCAGUCGAGCAAGGAGGCCACUCCGACUCGGGCUCAGAUUCAGAAGAUGAACCUCCCUCGGCGCUAGCACGAAGUCAAGCUUUCCGUCGUCCACCUCCUACGAGCAGGAAGGUCAAACCUACGCUCGCCGAUCUAGCGUCGGAGGGAGACGACGAAGAGCUUGGUGAUUAUGACGAUGACGACGAGAGCUCAAAUGGAGGUCAUUUGCCAUUCGCCGCCGCAGUAGCUUCCAAACCUGUUGAUCCAGCUGCUACGCUCAGGAAGAACUCGCCGAAAAUGUCAUCAGUGCAACCAGGACCGGCAACAUCCAAAGCAACAAAUCGAACUCCAAAAACGCGAUUAGAGUGGGAUCGAGAGCGUGACCUUCCCACCCUCACCAACACAACCGCUUCAUCUCAAUCUUCAGCUAGCUCUGCUGCCGCUCUUCCUGGUCCCUCUUCGAAUGUCUCGAGACGUAGAGCUUCAUAUGAUUCCUCUUCCUCCGCAGCAGCACCGAAGAGACAUGGACCAGCAGCACAUCCUCUAUCGCCUCGUCAUCGCGCGCAAGUGGCGAGUUUGAGUCCGCAAAGCAAAGCCAGCGGAAGUCCGAGUAUGGGAAGUAGUUUUUCAGACUUGGACGACGCGAGUGUCACGCAGAGUGCGUUGGAAGAGGCACUCAUGAGUAACAUGAGGGCGCAGGGAGGGAGUACUAUGGCGAGUAGAAUGAGCACUCUGAGGGAUGUGCUAGGAAGAGGUGCAGGAAGAGGUUAAGUACCUAUCAUCAUUGUCGUAUACUCGGGUCCAUCGACGCAGAAGCAUAAGUCUUGAGUGGAGAAAGAAGAGAGGGGCCGGCUGGCUGGCCAGUAUAGAUGAGAUGAGAGUCGCACAGUCAUUGAGUUGCAUCUUUUGUUUUUCUGGACAUACAGGUAACUAGGUUAGGUGGGUAGGUACUGCCAAUGACAACAGCAACAGCAUACGAG